UAUGCUGCCAUUAAAAGUCACGGUGGUAAUUUUAAUUAUAAAUAAGUUAGUAGCCAAUUAAGUUCCGGGAACUAGUUCUGCAGAGCUGAUCCGCUGAUCACAAACGCAUAUCACAACACUGAAUGUUAGCGUUUUAGCGCACUGCCAGUUUGCCGGUCCAUUUUAUUUUUCAGCUUCGCGUAACGCGUGUACAUUUUCCGUUAAUAAAAAUAAACGAACAAAAAAGUCCUUAUUAAAUAAUAAUAAUGAUUUCGGACGACAGCGGUGUAAAAUUUUUCGAUCGCAAGUUUGUGGCAGCGAAUUUGCGAAGUCAGAUGCGGUGCCCAAAAUGCUCUAACGAAUAUUCUCACAAUUACAAGAGGGGAAUGGGAACAGAGAAUCAUCGUCCCUUCCUGCUGCCCUGUGGCCACAAUAUGUGUGAAUUCUGCAUUUCAAAGCAACGUCAGAAAAUCGACUUCAAAUGCGCCGUCUGCUUUAACUUGGCCCCGCCAACAAUCACAGCCAAAAAUCCGAAGUCAGCUGGUAAUAUACGCGACUAUUAUGAGCUCAACUAUCAUUUGUUGGGCGUAGCAAAUAGCUUGGGCUAUUUUAACCGUUACUCCGUGGACUCCGUUAACAAGUCGCUGCAACUCACCGCAAUGCAGGAAAUCGUCGUCGAAACGAAAUGUAGCGAAUGCUGCUUAAUGGCAGCCAAGGGCGAAUGCAAGCAAUGCAAUGCUUUCUACUGCAAGCGUUGCUUUGAAAACGUGCACAAUCACAGUCGGGUGCUGAAGACGCACUUUUUUUGAGCACCUCAACGUAAAGCAAGAUGGCGCCGACAAAGGGAUUCGAGUGGGCAAGAACUUCUUUCGUAUAC